AUAAUACCAGCCAAAGAGCGAUGAGGGUUUACGUUCAAGGAAACUACUGUACUGGUCAUUUGUUCUCAUUGACAGCAACCGUAUAUUUUCUGUGAACACGUCACAACGUAAUACAUACCUGUGAAUAAUAAAAUAAAUACAGCUGCUUGCUGUAUGAGUUCAUCAGACGGACUGUCCCAGUUUUCGUGCUAAGGUGUCCACCUGAGCCCAUGAAGGAGAAAUCUGUACAAGAAUGAUGCCACAACAGGAAGUGCUUGUGUUGUUUAUCCUGUUUGUUGCGUAAAGAAGGGACAAAGGGAUGGCCCUGCGAGUCUCUCCAUUUCCUAAUGGGUUUGUUGCAGGCAUCCAUGCGGUUGGUUGGGCAUUGAUCCUGCCUUGCUUCUGGUUUCUUGAUCGCCUCAUUGCUGUGUGCAAGUCCACCACCCUGGAGCAAACCCGGCGAAUGGAGCAGGAAUGCUACCUCCACCCUCUCAAAGUCUUUUUUGGCUCCAUUAUCUUCUUCAUUCUUUUUCUUGCUACAGCUCCCCUGGCCUUCCUGGGGUUUCUGCUAUGGGCACCUCUUCAGUCCUGCCGCAGGCCCUUUAACUACCAUAGAGAGACACCAUCUUCACCGGAGAGAGAGACAAACAGGGACUUUGAGCUGCUAGGAAAGGCAUCAUUUGGUUUUGCUACAGCCAACUUAUGUCUGUUGCCCGACAGCCUGGCUCGUUUUAACAACCUUGGACACACCCAGCACAGGGCGGCUGCCAUCGGUCAGCGCAUUGUACAGGGUGUGUGUCGACCCAAUAUCCGUAUCUUUGUUGACUCCCCCAGCAGCUGUGGGACUCUCAGCCCCUCCAACAGCAUGCUCCCUGCAGGAAACUCAUCUACAUAUGGGGCUACUGAUAGACAAGCACAGCCUCCAGUGGGUCACCACUCAAACUCAGCUGAAGGACACGUUUCAAUCCCAAAGUCCAGUAGUCGAGUGGUUUGUGUGCCCUGUGAUGAUACAGAAGAACCCUUGACUGAGUCAUCUUCUCCCAAUUUUAAUUCCAAUCAGAACUCCAACCAGCAGGGCCGAACAAGUCACCGCAGUCCUCCCCGACCUUUGCUCUCUCAGGGUCUCCACCAGCAGGACAGUGUACCCUGGGAAGUGUCGUUAUUGUUUCCUGCCAAUGUGGACAUACUGUGUCUAGAAGAGGUAUUUGAUAAGAGGGCAGCACAGAAGCUCACCCAAGUACUAAGACCUGUGUUUGGGCACAUACUGUAUGAUGUUGGCGUAUAUGCCUGCCAGCCACCCUGCAGCUGUUCCUCUUUCAAGUUCUUCAACAGUGGCCUAUUCCUAGCCAGCCGAUUUCCUGUGCUUGAGGCCCAGUACCACUGCUUUCCCAACAGCCGCGGGGAGGAUGCCCUGGCUGCCAAGGGCCUCCUUUCUGCUAAGGUGCUAGUCGGGCAGAAUCCAAAACAGAAGAAAGUGGUUGGUUAUUUUAACUGCACACAUCUUCAUGCGCCGGAGGGUGAAGGGGAAAUCCGCUGUGAGCAGUUGAACAUGGUAACCAAGUGGAUUGGAGAUUUUCAAGCUGCUAAUAAACAGCCUGAUGAGGAUGUUGUUUUUGAUGUCCUCUGUGGAGAUUUCAACUUUGACAACUGCUCACCUGAUGACACCAAAGAGCAGAAUCACUGUGUAUUUGAGGAAUACAAAGAUCCUUGCAGGGCUGGGCCUGGAAAGGAGAAGCCCUGGGUCAUUGGUACUCUGCUGGAGCAGCCCACAUUGUAUGAAGAUGACAUAAACACCCCAGAAAAUCUACAGAGAACUUUGGAGAGAGAGGAGCUGAGGAAGCAGUAUAUCUCCCCUCCUGUUCCUGCAGAGGGCUCCCCAUUGGUUUACCCUGAGACUGGCCAGCCUUGGGUCGGACGUCGGAUCGACUACAUCCUGUAUCGUGAAAGUUCUGUUUCAAAGCACUGCCGAACAGAAGUUGAAGAGAUGACUUUUAUAACCCAGCUGGCUGGCCUUACAGACCAUAUUCCUGUGGGCUUGAGACUGAACGUGAAUAUGGACCCUGACUGUGCUGAUGAAUGAGGACUAAAGUGAACACAAUGUCACCUGCAAACAAAGGGAACAGAGUAUAAAUAAAACAAACAAUGCUAUGAUUUAUACAGACACAAGGUCUUGUUUACAUACUCGAAUUUUAAUGACAAUUUACUGACAAAUGAGAUUAUGUCUCAGGAUUUAUUUACAUUUUAAAAUGUUUACAGUUUUAUAUAUUGAGGCAUUUUAGGGCAGAUUUUGUAAAACGAUAUAUUUCUAGGAUUUUUCACUCAGAAAAUUUUUCCAACAGAAAUAAAUACAAAGAAUUAGUUUUA